AUGCGCAUCGAAAGGCACUUCAGCCAGAAUCCACUAGAACAACAAACCAAUUGUGGAAUAGUAUUCAUGCAAACAAGUACGGUUGCAAUAAAGCAAGACGUAGAAAACUUUCAGUCCUGGCGAUCCAUGGCAGCAGUGCCUACAAAUGAAUCAAGAGAAGACUCAGACCGUGCCAAUCCUGUUAGCAAUUCACUGCGAAAGGCAUUCUUUGGUAGAAAUAAAUCUUCCAAACGUACCAAAUAA